AUGUCUUCAGUGGUAGCCCCAGCUAAAGAAUCCAAUGCCAUGGGCCCAAAGGAAAUGGAACUCAUUCUUGUUAAAGAGCAAAAUGGAGUGCAGUUCACCAAUUCAACCCUCAUUAACCCAGCCCAAACCAGCAUUGAAACAGAAGAAAGAGAGACAUGGAGCAAAAAGAUUGACUUUCUUCUUUCCGUGAUUGGCUUUGCAGUAGACCUUGCUAAUGUUUGGAGAUUUCCUUACCUCUGCUACAAAAAUGGAGGCGGUGCUUUCUUGGUCCCAUACUUGUUUUUUAUGGUGAUUGCUGGGAUGCCACUCUUCUACAUGGAAUUGGCAUUAGGACAGUUCAAUAGGGAAGGAGCUGCUGGAGUCUGGAAAAUCUGUCCAAUAUUAAAAGGUGUGGGUUUUACUGUUAUCCUUAUAUCCCUUUAUGUUGGAUUCUUCUAUAAUGUCAUCAUUGCCUGGGCUCUCCAUUACUUUUUCUCAUCCUUCACUAUGGAUCUUCCCUGGAUACACUGUAAUAAUACCUGGAAUAGCCUGAACUGCUCAGAUACUCGUUUUUCCAACUCCAGUGACAGCUUUGACAUCAAUGAUACCUAUAAAACCACUCCUGCUGCAGAAUAUUUUGAACGAGGAGUCCUGCAUCUUCAUCAGAGCAAAGGAAUCGAUGAUUUAGGACUUCCUCGGUGGCAACUGACCUCUUGCUUGGUAGUUGUGAUUGUACUGCUUUAUUUUAGCUUAUGGAAAGGAGUGAAGACAUCUGGCAAGGUGGUCUGGAUUACGGCCACCAUGCCGUAUGUGGUCCUCACGGCCUUGCUACUUCGUGGGGUCACUCUUCCAGGAGCCAUCGAUGGUAUCAAAGCCUACUUGAGUGUUGAUUUCUACCGUCUCUGUGAGGCAUCUGUUUGGAUAGAUGCUGCUACUCAAAUCUGCUUCUCUCUUGGUGUUGGGUUUGGUGUGCUUAUAGCAUUCUCCAGUUACAAUAAAUUUACUAACAACUGUUAUAGAGAUGCAAUCAUCACUACCUCUGUCAACUCCCUGACAAGUUUUUUUUCUGGCUUUGUCAUCUUCUCCUUUUUGGGCUAUAUGUCACAGAAACACAAUGUUCCCAUUGGUGAUGUGGCCAAAGAUGGACCUGGACUUAUUUUUAUUAUAUAUCCUGAAGCAAUUGCUACUCUCCCUCUGUCCUCUGCUUGGGCUGUGGUUUUCUUCAUCAUGCUUCUCACAUUAGGAAUUGACAGUGCUAUGGGAGGAAUGGAGUCUGUGAUCACUGGCCUGAUUGAUGAAUUUAAGUUUCUCCACCGGCACAGAGAGCUCUUCACCCUGUUCAUUGUCUUGUCAACAUUUCUAACCUCCCUCUUCUGCGUCACCAAUGGUGGCAUUUAUGUCUUUACCCUACUGGACCAUUUUGCUGCAGGGACAUCUAUUCUUUUUGGAGUACUCAUUGAAGCCAUUGGGGUUGCAUGGUUUUAUGGGGUUGGUCAGUUCAGUGAUGACAUUAAACAAAUGAUUGGUCGGAGACCUGGCUUGUAUUGGCGGCUUUGCUGGAAGUUUGUCAGCCCCUGUUUUCUUUUGUUUGUAGUAGUCGUCAGCAUUGUUACAUUCAGACCACCCAACUAUGGAACAUACAUCUUUCCAGACUGGGCCAACGUGGUAGGCUGGAUAAUCGCCACUUCUUCUAUGGCAAUGGUACCGAUUUAUGCCACCUAUAAAUUCUGCAGCUUACCUGGAUCUUUUCGUGAGAAACUAGCUUAUGCAAUCACCCCUGAGAAAGAACAUGGCCUGGUAGAGAAUGGGGAAGUGCGUCAAUUCACUCUCCGCCAUUGGCUAAUGGUAUAGAACAAGGUGAAGAAAGAAGAAAAUGUGAAGAUUAGCUUCGAGAGAGAAUGUGAAUGAAGAACCAAAUCAUGAACUGAUGGAGAAAGAAAGGCUAUUUUUAUUAUAUUAUAACCUUUUCUUUACUGAAAAGCAAAAAAAAGGAAAAAAAGAAAAAAAAAAGGCUUUUCUCUUCUGACUGUUUAUACAGUGUCUGCAUCAAGGGAUAAGUUGUUGUCAUUGUCCUGUGCUGGUUAAAUAUAGCAUACAAUUAGUGUGGUGAGUUCUUUGGUUCGAAUGCUCAAUCAUUACUAGGAGGAAAGAGUAAAUCACUUUAUGCUAUUCCUGCAGAACCCUUCCCUCAAAUCACACGUAAAGUCACAGGAAUAUAACCUGCAGCAUCUAGUUCGUGAUUUUUCAGUGAAUUUGGAAAAAAAAAAAAAAGGAAUGUCCUAGUUAGUAGCUAGCAGGUACAUGCCAUGCUGCAAAUCUGAGUAUCUCUCAGAAACCAACUAUUCCAUUUUGUUUAAUUGUAGAGAACGUGAAACAAAAGAAAUAAUUCUCAAUUUUACAGCACUUUAAAGAUCUCUAGUUAAAAGUUAAAGCUACAAAAUAAGAAUUAUGAUUGUAUAUAAUAUAUAACAAUGGUAUGUUAGGAGAAUUUCAUGGUCAAACACAUGCUAAGUAUGAUCAGGGAUAAAAAUUUAUUUUCAUUUAAUUGAGAGAAAAAGAUAUAUUGAAUUAGUUUUAUGCAGCUUUAUACCUGGUGGGUUGGGGAAUCCAGAACAAUCCAUUACAACUUGGAUCUGAACUCAGUUGACAUAGCAACAAGUAAUAUUCACUGAGCAUCCUCAUGGACGCAGCAAAACACCAGAAGGGGUGUGCGUUUGCAAAUGCAGGUACAGCUAUGUGAAUCUCACAGCUGUGUAUAUGUAUCAUUAUAGAGACAUUGAAUUAUGAAGUUGUGAGUCAGUCUAUGCCCUGUUUUACAAUAUAGCAAGGAACAUGUUCUGGAAUGUUAACCAUCUACAUAAAUGUGAGUCUCAAUUUCCCAACCACAGCCCCUCUUCAGACAUGGGAUUCCAUCUUUGAUAGAUACAUUCCUUGUAUGUCUAUCUUUGUAACAGCAAUGUUACCAUGUCACAGGCUUUAAUUUGCUGAUGGAAUGAGACAAAAUCUUGA